UUUUAGUUACGUGGUAUGUAUACUAAUUAUAUGAAUCAAUUUUCAUUUCAUAAAGUCAUUUUAAAAGAUAUACUACAACGUAGAUACAACUUUGAUUAUCUGGUGAGGAAACACACAGAUAUAAACUGUAUAUGCAAUACAAAUAUUUAAUUUAAAUAUUAUCUAGUUUGCAAUAAUAGUUCAUUUGUUAGUAUUAGUUGUACUAAAAAAGUUGUUCCAACGAAGAAAGAAAUAGUGAUUAUUCUUGUCGAGAGCAAGGCGAAGAUGCUAAGGAAGAUUUUUUUUCCUGCAGCUCUUCUUCUUCUUACUUUACAGAGCUAUCUAAUAAUUCGCAAAAUGAAUGAACCUAUGAAACCAAUAGCUAUACCACAUCAGAAUAUGAUUGCUACUUCAGGACUGGACAACUAUGAAGCUAUACGAAAACCAUGUCUAGGCAAUGUGUUAUGGGAAGAAAGAAAGCAAAACAAACAGUAUCCGAGAACAGAAUUUGAAAAUACGCAAUAUUUAAUACUUGACGAUUCGAGGGGUUCGGUUACAAUAAAUAUUCUAACCUACGCUAACGGAGAAAGAAAACAUGUUGGUGGUGAUUUUUGGUGGAUGAGAAUAAGUGGCAACAUUAGUAUGUAUUCUUAUAUUACAGAUAAUGCAGACGGUACUUACGAGACCCAAUUUCAACUACCAGAGCCUGGUAGGUAUGAGAUAGAAUUGACUUUAGAAUUUAGUCAAUGUGAUGGACUUCGCGAUCCUCCCGUAUGGUGGUUUCGCGAUGGAGAUGGGCGUGGUAAACUCCAAAAAGCAAAGCUUGAUACGGUCGAUGACUUCAUUGGAGAAAAAAAGAAGUUUAGUGUUAAAAUGGAAUCACGUGAACCAAUCAAAAUAAUACCGAGAGUGAACAUGAAUGACUUAGCUUGCACUUAUAUUAAUCCUAGACAUUACUGGAGGCUGUCUGGUGGUAAGAAGGAGUACAUUGCUAAAAUUAAACCAAUAAAACAAAGAAAUGUGACAGAAAGGAGAAAUACACUUUGGGUUUAUGGCGAUUCUGUUGGAAUGAGAUUUUUUAAAUAUCUGAAAAACAACCAUUCAAUCUGUCAUUAUUUCAAUCAAUGUGAAUACACAUACGCCUGGGUAUAUCCAAAUGAUAUGGACUUGAGCAAGAAUGCUCACAAAGAUUUUAAUGAAACUAUUACGUUAGCGAGGUUUGAAAGUAUUUUGACAAAUAAGAAAAUGGCGAGCAAUCGAAGUACAUUGUUGAUAAACUUUGGAUUGCAUGUAAUGAUGGAGCUAUCAUUUCACGAAGCAUGCCAACUUUUCCUAAACUUUAUAAAGCUUAAAAACAAGUUAGGAAAAAAGCAGGAAAUGCCAAAAAUUAUUUGGAAAACUACAACUCCUGUUCAUGAUAAAAGAAAAAAUAUGGAUGCUACUAGAUUUCUAACAAAACAACGUAUUAUUCUAUGGAACGCGUUUACAAAAGAGGUUGCUUGUAAAGAAGGAAUAUCCAUCCUUGAUGUGUAUGAACUGGCCGCCUCUAAUCCCGCGGGGUGUUUUGAUGGUGUACAUUUUCAUGAAGGGUUUUUUAAACACGCUGCAUUAGCCUUUAAAGUUUAUCUCAAUCAGGAACAUUAAAUGAUUUCUUUUGAAAAUGACUUUUUAUUUAAUUCAAUAUUGCUUGGUUUUUUCUUUUCCGUAUUCAUUCUUGUUGUUGUUGUUGUUAGUGGUGGUGAAUUUUGAUUUCAUCGUUAAAUUUAACUUUAAGAGAAUACAUAACAUAAUUUACCACAUAUAUCCCUAUUCGUAUAUAAUAAAUUACUGACAGAAUUAAAAAAGAAGUCAAUGAAUCUUAUUAUCCGUUGUUUUCUGAACAAACUCAACAUCAACGUUUAUCAAAGUAACUUUCCAACGGUAUACGAGUAAUAAAAUGGGUGAUAGCUUUUCAAGACGAUUAAUGUAUAUAUAUAUAUAUUAGAUUAUCGUGUUUUUAUAAUUAGCACUGAAGUGGUUAAUUUUCUGAAAAUUCGUAUUACGUGAUAAUGUUUUUUUUAAAAAUAUAUUUAAAUUU